AUGCUGGACGAGCUAGACAACGUCUUUGACGACCAUCCGUCCUUGGAUGCGUCGCUCGAGGACUUUGAGAACAACAGCAACGCCCACCGCUCCCCUGUCUUCGGUCUGCCUUCCCAACACUCUGGCUUUCGCUCCGAGGAAUCUGACGGGGAUGACGAUGACACCACCCCGAAUGGAGAGCGCUGGUCGCCGCCAGGCUUUCGCCGAUAUGACUAUGUACAGGGGAGUGGCUGGUACCGUCACCAGCCGUACCUGCGCAAACCCGAUCACGAUCGACUGGCGCUCAAGCCGACCGUGGGUCUCAGUCCGUCGCAGUCGCGCGAACCCAGUCCGCAGUACGAAGAUGCGCUCGAAGGGCCCGCUGCAUCCCGGCGCGGUCACUCCGUAGAAGGCGGCGGCGACGUCACCGUCGCAGCCAACGUGCCGCUGCCGACCGAUGCAGACACCCCGCAGAAAGGCCGAUCUCCGAGUCCCGGCCCCGUGCAGGGCGCGGCGAGCCCGAGCCCUGAAGGAAUGGACUUUGGGUCGGAGAACAAUCUGAGUAAUUAUAUCCGCUUCGCGGUCCGCGCUGAAGUCCAGCAUCGCGAACCCUUUGUCGCGUUCUUUCGCUAUGUGCGCGCCAAGUUCGAUCGCAUCACCAGUUCCAAGUCCAACACCACCCUGUCCAUUCUGGUGGCCUUCCUCUCCAUCGCCUUCAUGCGCGCCCUGUUCAUGCCCAACAUGCCGCAAGCCAUCCCAGAUCUGGUCAAAUUGUCUAGCUUUGCGCGCUCCUUCGAACCGCUGAUCUACUACUCGGAGAAUGGAGUGCAACAGAUCGGCACGCUGCAGGAGACCGGCGUCGCCGUCUGGGACCUGAGUGAAUCCGUCCGGGGGACCAACAUGACGAGUGCGCCCAUCAUCGUGCGCCAGCUGGACGAGCUAUCUGAGUCACUCAAGUCGCUCUCCCUCGAGCUCACGCGCUUCUUUGCCAACGUGGACUCGGACGUAGACUCCAUCCUGAUCGUCAUGGACUGGGCUAAACGCGAGCUGGAGACGCUGUCUUCUCAGCCCCCGAGUACGCUCCCAACCAUUGUCUUCGACAACGUCCACGAUCUCUUGUCGCGCUUGGGCACGCUAGAACGGGUCGCGGUCCCCAGUGGCGACACGGCCGGCAGCGAGCUCACCACCACCCCCACCACCUUUGGCAACAUUGUGACCACGCUCUUUGGCCAGACCGCCGCGCAGCGCACCCGCGCGACGCUCACGCGAACCUUCACCGAGUUCCUGGCGGUCCUCGAAGAGUCCAUCAACAGCGAACUCACCCACUCGACGGCGUUAUUCGCACUGUUCGAGUCCAUCGAUCGCCAAUUCCUCAACCUGCAACGCACCGUCGUGCGCGAAUCUGACGCCCAGGAACGCGCUGAGGGCGAGAUGCUCAGCUCGCUGUGGACGCGCGUCCUCGGGCCCGAUGCCGCAGUCGUGCGCAAGUACGAGAAGAACAAGCGCCUGCUGGCCAACGUGCGCAGUCGCACAGUCGCCAACAAGCAUCUCCUCAUGGACCACCGCAGCCGGCUCUUAACGCUCAAAGUCAACCUGGAGACCCUGCGGCGCAAGCUGGUCAGUCCGCUGGUGCGACGAAACGAUUCCGUCAGUUUCGUCGGCACCGUCGAGUCCAGCCACGGGCGCAGCAAUGGGCGCAUGCUGGGCCCCGUCGAGGCUGUGAUCGAGGGCCAGAUCCGCGGGCUCGAGGGCAGUUACGACUACCUGCGGUCGGUGCGGGAGAAACAAAAGGCCAAGCUGAUGGAGAUGGUGUAUGGCGCCGGCCGCAGACUUCCUCCCACCACGAUGCUUUCCGAAUCCGACGAUGGAGCUGAUACGAUAGAGGGAGUGUGA